UUACUAAUAAUUUUUAGCAUGCUAAUUUUAUUUCUACAUUUAUCAUCGAUGCGAAAAGUGCCCAUUAAAUCUAAGGGAUUUGAUUGGCGAGAUAGAGGUGCUAUACUACCGGUGCCGGAUCAGGGAACGGGACGUGACGCGGGUAUAUUGAAUGUUUUGGCCACACUAUCGGCUAAACACUAUCAACGAUCUGGUGGACAGUUGGUUAAGCUAAGUGACCAACAAGUCUACGAUUGCCAGGACAGUUGGUGUCCCGGUAGUCAUGUUAAGGAUCCGCUGAGUGUUUAUGACUUUCUAAUGAAAGGUAUAGGUAUGGCUUCGGAACAGUCCUAUCCCUAUACCGGACAUUGCGAGCACAAGUGCCCGAAAAAUGUUACAGUAGUCACACGAUUGGGUGGUGUAGCGAAAACUGGUCAUCCGGGCGAAGAGGAUAUUAUGGAAACAUUUCUAUCGAACGGACCGGUUGUGGCCACUGUCCGAGUCGGUAGGCUAUGGGAAACAUAUACUGGCGGUGUGUUUGAUAACAUUGGUGACUGUCCAGGGGAUGGGGAUUACAAUCAUAAUGUAUUGGUUGUUGGUUAUGGUGAAGAUCCGACUGGUGUUAAGUAUUGGAUCGCCCGAAACAGUUGGGGUCCAAAUUGGGGUGAAAAUGGUUACAUCAGAUUAAUUAGAAAUAAAAAUAUGUGCGGAAUUGGCAAUCAUUUUGGACAACCAGUUUUAGCAUCGUAA